AUGUCUCCUUCAAUUGAUAUUGGCAUGCUUCCAAACGUCACCAGUGAGACUAACGACAGCAAAAUUCCAAUUCCUGGGAUUUGUGAAGCGAGGGCUAUGAACGUGCACCGCUCGGACUCACCCCAACAGAAACACGGCGAGGUAGAGACUGAGUUUUUGAUCGUUGGUGCUGGGCCCGCCGGAGCCUCUCUGGCUUGCUUCCUGACGAGCUAUGGUCUCGAGGGUGUCAUGAUCAGUGCCGCACCCGCAACGGCAAAUACGCCGCGAGCGCAUAUCACCAACAUGGCAGCCUUAGAAUGCCUUCGUGACAUUGGCCUCGAUGAACAACUUCGUGAACUGUCCUCCAAAGGACACUGUAUGAUCCAUACUAGAUGGUGUCAUAGUAUGGCUGGUGAAGAAUAUGCUAGAAUCCACUCAUGGGGUCAUGCGCCACGGCGCAAGGGUGAUUACGAAAUGGCCAGUCCCUGUUCUCCGGUUGAUUUGCCUCAAACUCUCUUGGAGCCAGUUCUCGUUCGAUACGCUGCACAGAAUGGAUUUAACACGCGAUUCAACACGGCAUUAUUAUCAUUUGAAGACAACAAGGAUGGACUGAUAACCGCCACUGUCCACGAUGAGGUUUCGAAUAUCCAGUACAAGAUACGUACCAAGUAUCUUUUCGGUGCUGAUGUUGGACCUCCCCCCCUCUCCAUUAAACCUGGUCAAGGCCUCGCAAUCAAUGUUCUUGUUAAAACCGAUCUCUCUCAUCUCGUUGACCACCGGAAAGGAAAUCUUCAUUGGGUCAUGCAGCCUGAUAAGGAGCACCCUGAGUUUGGCUGGCAGGGCAUCGUUCGUAUGGUGAAACCGUGGAACGAAUGGAUGUUUAUCUUGUUCCCUAACCGCGAUUGUGAUCUCAGUACUGAACCUUCGAAAGAGGCGUAUCUUCAGCGGGUGAGGGAUUUUAUUGGCGAUGAUACCCCUGCAGAGAUUGUUGAUGUCUCCAAGUGGUAUAUAAAUGAAACUGUGGCAGAAAAAUACUCAAAGGGGAAUAUCUUUUGCAUGGGAGACGCCGUUCACAGACAUCCACCCAUGAACGGCCUUGGCUCAAACACAUGUAUCCAGGAUGCUUUCAAUCUGGCCUGGAAGGUCGCAUAUGUCCACAAGGGCCACGCUCCGCCCUCGCUUCUAGAUACAUAUAGUAUCGAGCGCCAGCCGGUCGGGCGUUCAAUCAUCACCCGCGCCAACCAAGCAUUCCGCGAUCAUUCCACGGUUUGGGAUGCGCUAGGAACUCUGCCAAAGGAAGUCGAAGUUCGUCGAAAGGCGCUGUCAGAGCUACAAGAGGCAACCCCGGAAGGGCGCAAGCGUCGCCUUGCGUUGCAGAAAGCAAUUACGCAAACCUCGCAUGAAUUUCAUGGCCUUGGUGUUGAAAUGGGUCAAGUAUAUCAUGGUCCGGGGAUCUACGAUGCCGACGAGCCCCUGCCAUAUGAACGGCAUGGUCUUGCAGCAGAAGAUGAUGUGUUAUACUAUGAGCCAAGUACGCACCCCGGAUGUCGUCUCCCCCACGUGUGGCUCAAUAAGGCGGUUCCCACAGAACCCGUCUCGACAAUCGACCUCGCUGGACAUGGAGCCUUUACACUUUUCACUGGUAUUGGAGGAGAUGCUUGGAAGGUCGCGGGUGACAAAGUUUCCGAGGAGCUGGGUGUCCCCAUCAAUGUGCAUUCCAUUGGCUUUCGACAGGAUUGGGAAGACGUCUACUUUGACUGGGAGAGACUAAGGGGUGUAGAUGAGGAUGGCGCGAUUCUUGUCAGGCCCGACCGAGUAGUUGGCUGGAGGGCACAGGCAGUUCUCACAGCCAAAGAAAGCUCUUGCGAGAGUAGAUUGUCGCAAGCAAUGCGUGCCAUUCUUGGGCGAAAUUCGGAUGUCAGUCCUGCGACUUUUUGA